AUGAUGUUUCGAUGUGGCCGUGGCCUCAAACUCCUGACGCUGGUCGUCCUCAUUGUACUGCUCUACGCGGCGACACAGCAAUAUCUCUUCGAAAGUUUCCUCAGGAGACGAUACAUCACCUUCGAUGACUUCCCUAAAGCAUACUCAAACGCCCUGAAGGCCUCCACCGCCGACAACACGCCUCUUGAAUACGAUUACAACACCUUCCCUCCCUCCACGAACGCCUCCACCUUGAUCCCUCCCACCAUCCACUUCAUCUGGUUCCGCGACCUCUACGCCCAUCAACUCGACCGCCCCGAUCAUCCGUCCCACAUCCCCCAUGAGGGCUCCAGCGCACCACAACUAUGCAUCGAACACAAUCCUUCCUUCACCGUCAAUGUCUGGAACGCCACCGCCGCGCGAAAACUCCUCGAAGACCACUACAGCUGGUUCCUGCCCACGUACGACAACUACCGCUACCCCAUCCAACGCGUCGACGCCUUCAAGUACUUCGUCAUGUAUCACUAUGGCGGCGUGUACAUGGACAUGGACGUCGCGUGUCGACGGUCGCUCAUUCCCCUGCUGCAGACGCCAGGAUGGUUCCCCAAAGCCGAGCCUUUUGGUGUCAACAAUGACCUCUUCGCCGCUAGACAGGGGCAUGGCAUCAUGCAGAUGAUGAUCGAACGGCUUGAGAGUCGCGACUGGAAUCUCAUCUUUCCCUAUGUCACCAUCUUCUGGAGCACAGGGCCGCAGUUCGCGAGCGACAUGGUCAGACGAUGGUACAGCAAGGGCUGGGCGAAGCGCUACAAUGCGGGCGACUCGAAGCAGGAUUCAGAUGCCGACGCGUUCUACACCCUCCCUCCCGAGUUCUACUCCGAAAAGUACACCUUCUUUGGCCACAGUCCUGGCGGCACAUGGCAUGGCGAAGACGUGGCCGUAGUGCUAUGGCUUGUGGAUCGACCUUGGGUGCUGCUUCUACUCGCAGCAGCUAGCACAACACCAUUCAUGAUUGUGGCGAUGAGGAUGAGAAGAUUGCGCCAAGAGACGUUCAAGGUAUAA